ACUGUAUCGGACCUCGACGGCGACGGCGCACGCUCGACCAGCGAAAUCUCUUACCUCUCUCCAUCCCCUCUCGCCCCUCCGCUCCCGCCUCCACCAUGUCCGCAAAAGCCGCCAUUACGCAGGUCGUCAAACUCAUCGUGCCCGCAGGCAAGGCGACGCCGUCGCCGCCCGUCGGCCCCGCGCUCGGUGCGCGUGCAGUGAAGGCCAUCGAUUUUUGCAAGGAGUUCAACGCGCGCACAGCACACUUCAAGACGGACGUGCCGCUCCCCACGCUGAUCACGAUCAACCCCGACCGCUCGUUCAGCUUUACGUUCCGCACGCCGACUGUGUCCUACCUUCUUAAGAAGGCGGCGAAGAUCGACAAGGGCGCGGGCACGCCGGGGACCGAGACGGUCGGGACUGUGUCGCUCAAGCACGUGUACGAGAUCGCCAAGAUCAAGUGCAAUGACGAGGCGCUUAAGGCGCUGGGCGAGGAGCGGGUCGCGCGCAGCAUUAUUGGGAGUGCGCGCAGCCUUGGCAUCGAGGUUGUGCCGUGAUAGAGUCGGAUUGCAUCGCAUUGUUCUCGGCUUGGAAAGGGGGAUCAAAGAAUCAACCUCGGAGGCCGGAGGAGGAAGGAGAAAGCAGGAGCAGGGGCAAGGACAGCGCUCAGGAGACAGUGGUGGACACAUGCAUGCAACACAACUAACUGAUCGCAGAAUUUUGUCGAUGGUAUCUAAUCCGAGUCGGAUAUCUCUAUUAUCUCGACGUCGUGCUGGGGACGUCGCUGAGAAUGUCGCGGUGGCUGUGACCGCUGCUGUGAUCUCUGCUGGCUCUGCGCAGCCGCCU